UCGUGGUUGUUCUUUUUGACAAUUGCAAACCUCCAGGCAGCUGUAUGCUCUGUCGAUUUGCUUAUAUAUUUUUUCAAAAUUAUUGUUGAUCUCGGCGCAAAAUGCUGGAAUUUGUGGAAGUGAACUGCAAUUUCUCCAUUAGCCAUAGAAACGUCGAACGCGUGGGCUUGGCAUUCCUCAAUUCAAAUAGAUAUAAUGCCACUACUGAUGAGACGACGGAAAGCAACGAUGAAGCGUCUGAAAAGUUACCUGAAGAAUUCGCGGUGGAUGUGGACUACCUGAAAUCACUUGAUCCCAAAGAAUGGAAAGAUCAUGAUCACUAUGCAAUACUUGGUUUAGGAAAAUUAAGGUUUAUAGCCACAGAUGACGAUAUACGGCGUGCUUACAGGCGCAUGGUUUUGAUGCAUCACCCCGACAAGCGAAAAGCGAAAGGUGAAGAAGUAAACACCGAUGAGGACUAUUUUACUUGCAUUACUAAAGCUUACGAAAUACUCGGCACGCCGAAGACGAGACGCGGCUAUGACUCUGUUGAUCCCGAAUUUGAUGAUUCAUUCCCAUCUCAAGCGGAGAUCGAUAACAAUUUUUAUGGAUGCUUUAACAAAUGUUUUGACUUAAAUGCACGCUGGAGCGAAAGGAAAAAUGUGCCAAAAUUUGGUGAUGAAAAUUCGAAACGCGAAGAGGUGGAAGAGUUCUAUAGUUUUUGGUAUGAGUUCAAGUCUUGGCGUGAAUUUAGUUAUCUGGACGAAGAGGACAAAGAAAAGGGGCAAGAUCGAGAUGAAAGACGUUGGAUUGAGAAGGAAAAUAAAGCACUCCGUAUUAAGAGGAAGAAAGAAGAAAUGAUGCGUAUCCGUGCUUUGGUUGAUUUAGCUUACAAUAAUGACAAACGCAUACAAAAGUUUAAAAAUGAGGAAAAGGAAAGAAAAUUGGCGGCAAAGCGAGCGAAAAUGGACGCUGCUCAGGCACAAAAAGCUGAACAGGAACGAGCCUUACGAGAGGCUCAGUUAGCAAAGGAACGUGCAGAGAAAGCAGAACAAAAACGCAUUGAACAAAUACGCAUCGAGAAAGAGCAAAUGAAGAAGGCACUCAAGAAAGAGCGAAAAAUUUUGCGCGAUAAAUUAAAGGAGUCUAAGUACUAUGGGAAUAAUGAUAAAGAAACCCUUAAAAAUAUGGAAGGCUUGGAAAAGAUCUGUGAGGCAUUAAAUUUAAAUGAAUUGCAAGAGCUUAAUAAAGAUAUUGAAAAGAAGGGACAAAAUGCAUUCUUCUCCACAUUGAAAAUGGUUGAAAAGAAAAUUGCUUCUGAAUUGGAGGAGAUCAAUCAGACACAACAAAAAAAGACUACAAAGAACGAUAAAGAUGUAAAGAAGAAUGAUGUGUGGAACAAUGAGAAUAUGCAAUUGCUUAUCAAGUCUGUCAAUUUAUUCCCAGCUGGUACGUCACAGCGUUGGGAUGUUAUUGCUGCUUUCAUUAAUCAGCACUCCACUUCUGGUAUGCCAGUCAGCGCACGCGAUGUGCUCAAUAAAGCCAAAGCAAUGCAAAAUAGUGACUUCUCGAAAAGUUCACUUAAAGCACAGGCUAACGAUACUGCUUUCGAAAAUUUCAACAAAUCCAAAAAGGAAGUGCAGACUUGCAAUGAUAUUACUGUUAAUCAACCAGUUACGAAUAAUGUAAACCAUGCUGAUGGCGAUGCAAGUACAAAUGGUAAUAAAGAGCAGAGUGAUAACGAUACAAAAGCUGUUACUAAGCCAACUCCAAACAAGCCAACGGCUACGCCUAAAACGUGGACAAAGGAAGAGCAAGCGUUGUUGGAACAAGCUAUCAAAACUUAUCCAAUCUCAACUCCCGAUCGCUGGGAUAGAAUAGCGGAAUGCAUACCGAAUAGGACCAAGAAAGAUUGCUUGCGUCGUGUCAAAGAACUUGUAGAGCUGGUGAAUUCGAAAAAAGAGGCGCAACAAUCGGUAAAAUGAUUAAAUAAUACACACAAGAAUGAUUAUUUAUUUGUCCCUUUAAAGGAUUUUAUGUAAUAUAAUUCAAAUAAACACACGUUAAAUCAUAUAGAGAGAAAUAGUAUUGUGAUUAAUGGCGCAUUAUACUUGUACUUUAAUGGUGACAAUCAAGCACUAGUUAGUUGUGAAGUGUUAAUGUCGCUAACAAUAAAAUAAAACAGCUUACUGACAGCCGAUA